AAUCACAAAUUGAACUUAAGUUUGUAUGAAACACCACACUAAAAUAGUACCUUCUGUUUAAUAUUUUUAUUUUAUAAUAAUAAUUAUUGUCAAAUAAAUAACUUAGUGUUAAGCAAGUGAGAAGUUAUAAAUAAUGCCUGAAAUUGAAAAACUAUCGCUUGAAGCGAUUUACACGUCGGAAAAGAGUGGAAAUGACGAAAGUGGAGAUGGAACACAGGAGAGUCCAUUUAAAACCAUUCUGCAGGCAAUGCGUCAUGCAGGAAAGGAGCCAUUUCCGACUAUUUACGUGGAUUCUAAAGAAGAGGGUAAAUCUUACGACGUAGCGGCGAAAUCCCAAUUGAAGAAGAUUCAAAAGAUGUGGGUAAGGGAAAACUAUAAAGCUGCUGACAAGGCGAAGGCUGAAGACGAGAGCAAUGACAAACGGCAGCAGAACUUGGAAGACGCUAAGAAAGUUGUUAUUAAGCAGGAUUCUAGCCUUCCUGUUGCAGUAACAGUGAAGUUAUGUCAGACAAAGGAUCACAGAGGAAAAAGAAUACAAGUGUCUGGAUGGGUGCACAGGUUAAGACGUCAAGGAAAAUCACUAGCAUUCAUAACAUUGCGAGAUGGUACAGGUUACCUACAAUGUGUGCUUCAUGGUGAACUUUGUCAGACUUAUGAUGCACUGGUAUUAUCAACGGAAUCAUCUGUGGUCCUUUAUGGGAACUUGGAAGCGGUUCCAGAAGGAAAAACUGCACCAGGAGGCCAUGAAUUGACAGUAGACUACUGGGAGCUAAUUGGUUUGGCCCCACCUGGAGGUGCUGAUGCUAUACUGAAUGAGGAAGCACAUCCAGAUGUCCAACUUGAUAACAGGCACAUCAUGAUUCGCGGCGAGAACACGUCGAAAGUACUACGUGCACGUGCGGCUGUGACGCGAGCUUUCCGCGAACAUUUCAACGCUCGCAGCUACACAGAGGUGACUCCUCCCACACUCGUACAGACUCAGUGUGAGGGUGGCAGUACUCUGUUCAAAUUUAGCUAUUUCGGAGAGCAAGCGUACCUUACACAGAGUUCACAGUUGUAUCUCGAGACCUGUCUUGCAACGUUGGGUGAUGUGUAUUGUAUAGCGCAGUCGUACCGUGCCGAACAGUCGCGCACCAGGAGACAUCUUGCUGAGUAUAGCCACGUGGAAGCGGAGAUCCCCUUCAUCACGUUUGAGCAAUUGCUGGACAGGAUCGAGGAUCUGGUGGUGGAUGUGGUCGAUCGGGUGCUGGCUUCACCCGAAGGCCAGUUGGUUUAUGAACUUAACCCAGACUUUAAGAAACCUACAAGGCCAUUCAAACGAAUGGCGUACACGGAGGCUUUGGAAUAUCUAAAAGAACACAAUAUCACUAAAGACGACGGAUCCUUCUACGAGUUCGGCGAUGACAUACCAGAGAUGCCCGAACGUAAAAUGACAGAUGCGAUCGGGGUCCCGAUACUUCUAUGCAAAUUUCCAGCUGAAAUAAAGUCCUUCUAUAUGCCCCGAUGUGAAGAUGACAAACGCUUGACUGAGUCUGUGGAUGUGCUGAUGCCGGGAGUCGGUGAGAUUGUCGGUGGUUCUAUGAGGAUAUGGGACUAUGAACAAUUGAUGGAAGGUUACGCACGGGAAGGCAUUGACCCUACACCAUACUACUGGUACACGGACCAACGUAAAUUCGGUUCAGUACCACACGGUGGGUACGGGCUGGGGCUAGAACGAUUCCUGUGCUGGCUGUUGGCCCGGCACCACAUCCGCGAUGUCUGCCUUUACCCGCGAUUCCUUGAGCGAUGCACGCCCUAAGUAUAUAAUACCAGUUUGUGAGCUUUUUUUGGCCCUUGAUAUUUACACAAUUUAUUAAUCGUUGGAAAAAAAAUGUUUUUAGCAAAAACAAGUAAUUUUUUGCAUUUAAGCUCACAGUUGAUUUAACUUUUUUUUUAGUUUUUUUUUAAUACAUCAAAAAGUACGGUCUUUGUCGGUUACAGUUUAAAUUAUUCGAUUCGAGCUCACAAUUUUUUUUUUUUGUAAUUUUUUUAAAGCGAAAAUAAAAUUGUACUUGCAAGAUUUGUAUCUCAUAUUAUAUAACAAAACACUUAUAGAAAAAUCUCGCAUUUAAUGAUAUCCUCAAAAUAUAAUCUUUUAUUAGCUAGAAAUUCUUUCUAUCACUUGGAAAAGACAUCAGAUUGCAUAGUAGAGGGAAAUAGUUCGUUUAAUAUUAUAGUAUAUACAUAUAUAAUAUAUAUGCCUUGAAGUUGGUUGAACUCAGUGUAUUGAUUUAUAAGUUACUAUGUUUUUAAUACUUUAUAAUACUUCAAUCGAUUGCCUUGUUUCUAAGAGUAAAAUUCAGAGUCGGGAAUAAGACCAAACUCAGUGAGAUGUUUAAUACAUUUAUUUAUGUUGCAGUUAAAAUUGUAAAAUACUGAUUUAAUUUGUACUUAUGGUAGUUAUUUUUGAUCUGUCACGUUAUUUUAAUCUAACGCAAGGUGCGAAUACAAAUUGUAAUACGCAUUACAGGUAAAAUGGUUAUUAAAAUUGUUCAGACUAAGAGUUUGUGUUUAUUUAUGUACUACUGGUGUAAAAUAAAAGCUUUGUUUAU